CAGGUGCGAAAAGAACAAAGGGAAAGCGGGAGAGACCCCUGCUGAUGGCUCCCCUCCCCAACCCGGGGCCCAGAGGGAGCCUCACUCCACCCUUCCCCCCAGUGCCACGUGCCAGCUGCAGGGACUGUGAGUUGCAGGACACCCGCUCGUCCAAGGAGGUUCUGGACACGCUCUGCGCUAGCGACUUUGCAGUGAAAGUUAGGCUCUCCCGGCGCAAUGGGUCGUCCUCCGGACCCUCAGACUGCGACCUGGACUCACGGCUAGAGGUUCUGAAGGCGGGCCCACUGUCUCCUGGGGAGCUGGCGCCCACUCUGCGACGCUGGCUGCAGCUGGAUGCCACGUGCGUGCACAACCUCCUGCGUGGAAGGCAUGCUGGGACCUACGUGCUGUGUGGGGAGGUACAGGGUCACCGUCUGCUGGUAACCACGGCCUAUGCUUGGAGCCAGGGCCACCGAAAUCUGCAGUUGGCUGUGCGCAGGUGGCGCCAUCACCAGUGCCCAGAAUAGCGGCUAACGCAGGCAGGGAGAGCCUGGGACUUCACAGCCACAGCCUCUGCAGUGGUCACGUGAACCAUGUGCUCCCCUGGACACACAUAAAACCUUCUUUCUGCUGCCCUCCAUGGAUAUCUGCAGAUCAGAGUCCAGAGAAGCCCCAAGGCUCACCCAGGACUGGCUCAAGUAGGAUGGAAGCCCACCUACAUGGUCACAGUGAGGGGCCCCUUCCUGAGCCAGUAGUGCCCUGCCUGGAAAAAGGUAGCUGUGUAUGCUGGGCAGGCAAGACCACCUUUCUGUCCCUCCCAGAACUGGGAUGUCAGCCUGGCUGAUGCCCUGCUGCUGCCCACAAACUCCAACACCCUACACUGAGCCUUGGGGCAGGCAUGCAGCCUCAGGCUACACUCACCCAGGCCCCAUGCAACUUGUCAAGCCCCAGGCAGACUCGAUUAUAUCUUCCUGACCUUUACUGGGUCCACAGUUCUGCCCAGCAGCAGGCUUGUGGACCAGCAGGGGGGUGGGUGCAUAUAGAAAACUGCAUUAAGCUGCUUACAAACAUGAACUAAUAUGCACACUAAAAUUCUUUCCCUACUUCUGCGCUUCCAGUGCUUGUCAAGAGAGCAUAGUGGUCUUAUGUACCUGCCUAAUUGUAUUUUUUUAAGCAGAGAAAGAAUGUGUUUGGAAAUCCUAUGCUAAAGCAGUGAUAGUUUUAAAAUAAAUC